AUGUUGUCUUCUUUACUGUUUGUCAUGUCGUCAAGCCCAAAUUCUUUACUUCUUCAACGGACUAUCGACUUAAAUUUCACUAAUAAGAAACGUUCGCAAUCACUAAAAUGGAUCGUCGUUAAUGCAGUAUUUUUACUCGUGUUUGUGUAUGACUUGUCGUGUAAGUGUCCCGGGUACACGUCCAUCCUUCACUACGUGGAGCUGCUGUGUGCGGGCGUGUUGGCCGCUAACCUCAUCCAGUACGCCGUCAGCCUCGCGCCCUCCCGACAACAGAAACUGCCGCUGUCUCCGCAGCAACAGAAACUGUUAGGACUGUCCUCGGCCGACUUGGAUUCGUCUUUCGUUCUGACGAAAUCCAACGUGUCCGGGCCGGUGUCAGCUGAGAGCUCCUGUUCGUGUGAGGGGUGGGGGGGCUCGGACGCGGACCUGUCCCUGUCUCCCCGCGUGUGGCGCUCCGCCCCGCCGUCCCCUCCCUCGCCCCCCGCCCCCGCUCCCUGCACCCCUCCGUCGCCCGUCAGCCGCGACUCCACACACGACCAGUUCAUAUCUGACAGAGAGUCUCUGGCUAACUACCUGAGACGAUGUGAGGAGCGCAGCGCCGCAGUCGCCGCAGAGCUGUCUCCGCCUGGUCCGGCUGGUAGGGGCGCUCCGCCCCCCUACCAGCUGUCGGCCGUCGACAGCGGCACCAAGCUGGAGGAGGGCUCGCCGCAGGGGGCGCCGCAGCCGUGGGGGCGCCUCGACCUGGACCCGCAGCGACUGACGCAGUGGAACCUCAACCUGCGACUGUAUCGUCGUCUACAUCCCUCCCCUCUGUUUCCGGAGCGCAGUGGAUCCAAGUAA